CUGCACUUCCCAGCAGUCACUGCGCCCCUCAGCAUUCUCGACACCCUUCACCAGCAGCGCAGUUUAACUCAAGUCAAAUGUAGUUUAAUCCGAGUCGGCUAUUUCCUUAGUGUGUGUGUGUUUGUGUGUGUGUGUGUGUGCUGAUAAACCCGGAGUCGGAGAGUCGCAUGAUACUGUCAGGAUACUGACAUGGGGAACGGAAUCAAUAAGGUGCUGCCUGAUCUGUAUUUGGGCAGCUUUAAAGAUGCCAGGGACAGAGAGCAGCUGGCGAGAAACAACAUCACACACAUCCUGUCCAUUCAUGACACAGCGGCACCCGUCUUACAAGAGAUGACCUAUCUCUGCAUCCUGGCUGCCGAUCUUCCCACACAGGACCUGAAGAAGCAUUUCAAACAGAGCAUCAUGUUUAUGCAUGAGUGCAGGCUGAAAGGAGAAGGAUGUCUGGUCCACUGUCUGGCAGGUGUGUCGCGCAGCGUUACGCUGGUCGUGGCUUACAUCAUGACAGUGACGGGUCUGGGCUGGCAGGAGGCGCUGGCAGCGGUCAGGGUGGCACGGCCAUGCGCCACGCCCAACCCCGGCUUCCAGAAACAGCUGCAGGAGUUUCAGAGCACACAGGCGGAAGAGUUUCGGGAUUGGCUGAGGAGGGAGUAUAAAGAUUGUCCCUUUAAUGAUGAGGAACACAUACGCAACCUGCUGGCUCAGGCCUCCAGCAACAGCGCAGGACCCGAGCGCAAAACCAUGAACACGUGAAGAUAGAGUGGAGCUGAGAUUCCCGCUCGGAGCAUUCCACCUUCUUCACGGUGAUCACUGUGCUGCUUAAGAGAGGGUCAAUCUGCAUCUUCGUGCUACUUCACGACUGCUUCUUUCACAUCCUGGGCUACAACUGUUCCUUAACUUAUUGCCUCUUUUGUACAGAAACGAUGCUGAUGUUUUUACUGGAAUAAAUAUGAUUCAUGUUGGAA